CACGCCCCGCCCCUCGCCGUGGCCCCGCCCCAGCAACGCCCCGCCCCUCGCCGUGGCCCCGCCCCUGCCGUACGCCCCGCCCCAGGCACGGGCUGGCCUCCGCCCUCUCCGAGGCUUCCCUGGAGGAGCUGGAGCUGCCGGGCCACCAGCGCCUCCGCAACCCCGGCUCCCUGCUCGUGCUCGCCAAGUUCCGCAGGAUCCUGCCGGCUGAGCGUGGGGCUGCGUGAACCUACACCGGCCCAGGGUCCCGGAGCCCAAUCUGACCCCGCCGGUGACCUCUAGGCCUGGUCCUCCCUGAGCUGCCACCGCCCCCACUUCCUGUCACUUUCUCACUCGCCCACUUCCAGGACUCCAUCUCCGAGGACAUGCCAGCCUUCUGGGAAGGGAACGUGAACCCCUGCUCAUCUACCUCAGGGCCCUCAUGAGGACGAACGACGUGGCCCUGGGGGAGGAGGAACCCGCUGCCAAUCCGUUUGACGCCAGAUGCAAAGACAGCAAGCAUCCUCGAGAGCUGCCUGUGGGAAGGUGCUCCCCCUGGACACCAGACACCCUGGCCAGCUCCACUGCAGCCGACAGAGACCCAAGGAACCCGUCCAGGGGCUGCAAGGCCAAGAGGGACACCUCUGAUGUCAACGUCCUGUCCUUCGAGGACUCCGAGAACUCUUCUAAUGAAGACAUUGAUGUGCGUGUCUCUACCCAGGGGGUACGUCCCGGGCGGGGCCUCUGGGUGGUGGCCACAUGGGGCAUUGACGGGGCUGGAGAGGAUGCUGACUGGGCGCAGACCGGGCGCCACAUGGGGGCUGCCUUCUCCUGCCCCUGCCCCCAGGCCGCAGGUCAGGGAGAAGCGGGACACCUCAUCUGAGGGGGCCUCCCAGUGACAUGGCGGCCUCUGUGCCCAGGGUGGGGGGCGGGAGCAGAGUCCUUUGCACAUUCAGUCAAACGGAUUCGGGUCCUGGUGGGAGUGACCCGGGGCUCCCUCUGUGGGCAGAACACCCAGGUGCCUGCCAUGUGAUGAUCACCUGGGGACUGGCCUGACUGUCUGGGGGCCCCAGGCUCGUGCGGGGUCCUCAGCUGCCCAAGGCUGGUGGGGUGUGGUUCCCGUGCCGCGCCUCUGUGGCUCAGGACACUGGUUUUCGGGGGGCCCUGGGGUCCUCGCUGGCUCUCCUGGCUCUCCUGGCUGACCCCGUCCCCCGCCAUGCCUGGGCUGGGCUGGGGCUGCCGGCUGGGCCUGGGUGAGAGCUGUGGGUCUGGGGUGGCCCUUGGGGAGGUACAGACACUCCUGGAAGGACACCCCCGUGCGGACACCUGGGUGGUCAGCACACCGACCCAGGGACUUGGGGUCAGGCGUGUGGAAGGUCCCGCGGGGUCAGUGUUGCCCCCGGCCCUUCGCACCUGUGUCCUCAAGCCCCCAGAGGCCGUGGCAGGUGUGGGCCCCCGUCUGGCUCCUCGACAUUUGCUGCUCCCCGAGAAUUCCCAGGUCCCUCCUGAAUUGACUGGGAAGCGCCCUGGAGGGUGCCAGGCCGUCCCGUGUGUCCGUCUGUCCCUGCGCCCAUCCACUGGGUCCUGAGCGCUGUCCCUUCUGUCCCCAGGGGGUGUCUGACUGCAGACGACUCACGCCCCGGGUGGGACUCAAGUUGAGUUCCUCCUUCGUGGCCACGUUCUGUGUCCACGGCUGGUGGUCCUGGGCCGCGGCCUCUGUGGGUGACCUGGGUCCUCGGGGCCUCCGGGCUGUGAGGUGCAUGACGGUGACCCUGCCGUCUGCUCCUGUGGAGCCAGCACCCCGUGCACAGGGCAGGGCCACAGGACCGUCGACCCUCGGGGUGCCCACCUGCCCAGAUGCCUGCCUGCCCACGGCUUCCUCGCGGGGCUCCGGCUGCCCGCUGCCCUCGGCUCAGCUGGGAGGAAGGUUCCGGAACCACUCUGCUCCUCUCUGCAGAGUGUGGUGCCACCUCCCUCACCCCGCAUGGUCCUGCUCCGUGUGGGCCACCGGCUCCUCCUCUCACGGCCCAGGGCCCUGUUGCCGAGCGUUGUGUCGUGUCCAGCGCCGUGGGCCCAGCUGGGGGGCAGGAGGGACUCGCCCGCGGCCUGGUCAGCGCCUGGACGCUUUAGACGGGCUGCGCCUGACUGGGGUGGUGGUGGGAGGGGCCGAGGCUGCAGCCCAGGGGAGGAGGCCCGUGGGGUUGUCCCUGGAGGCCCACUCGUUGGCAGCCCUGCCCACGGACACCUGGGGUGGGGCCGCUCGCGCCCUCUGGAUCUCAUGUUGGUGCCAAACCACGGCCAGCGCCCACCCGAACGCCAGAGGGGACAACCCCUUGAGGCCAACCUGAGAGCAGAUGGGGAGACCGGACGUCGGGGUGGCGGGGGUGUGUGGGGGGGGUGUCUCUUUUUCUGUCUGCAGGGGCGGAUUCCCCUCUCUGUUGUGUGCAGACGAGCACGGACCCAUGAGAACCGGUCUGCACGUCCCUGCGUGGCCGUGGCUGGGGGCUCAAGGUCGCGGCCCCGGAACAGCCCUGCCCCCCACACGAGGCUGAGUUCCACGGGGUCUCUCUGCACACGGAAAACGAUCAACAAACCCGAGUGGGCGCUCCCUCCCGCACCCCGCGGGGAGGGCUGUGCUGGGCCGCUCGUGUGGAUGGAAGGUUCCGGGGCUGCCGCGGCGCCGGGCUCCUGGAACGCGCUGGCUCCUGGAGAAGAACCGCGCACGGCCGCCCGGCGCCCGGAAGUCCACGCGUGCCACGCGGCCCUGAGGCAGGUCCUUUGGGAGCGGAAACGGGAUCCCCUGCGGGAUGCACCACUGGCCAGGCCCGCGGUACGUGUCGAAUGCUGGGUCUCUGCAGCUGGAGAGGGGCCGUCCGAUUCCCACGGAGGCCCGAGAGCGCUUGUCCCCGCCGGGCCCGGCCAGGGGGUCCUGGGCGGUGCGUCCUCCUGGACGGGUGGGGCCACGCGCUCCAGGGUCCGUGUCUGAGCAGCUUCUGUGUCGAAUAAAUAAGGAUUCGCCGUUCCGUA